UUCUUUAUAAUUUUUAUUUUUUUUCUGUUUAUGCAAUUGUUUACUAACCAUUCUUUCUUUCUUUCUUUUUUUUUUUUUUAAAAAAAAAGAAAAGAUUAUGGUAUUUUGAUCUGCUAAGUGUAAGUAUAUAUAAGUGUGUAAAAACACACAAAACAAGACCAACCAGAGGCAGCCACAUAGAGGUAGAAACUAGAAAGAAAGAAGCUUCUCCUGUUGAGUUUUGAAGUAGCCAGCUUUGUCUGCCUUCAAUGGCGUCUGUUGGGACACUGAAGCUCUCUCUUCUUUGCUUGCUUUUCUUCGUUUCAACUCUCUCUUCUUCUCAAGGGAAGAAGAAUUUGUAUCCAUUUAUAAAGAAAGCAAGCAGUUUCAUCUCCUCCUCAUCAUUCUCAUCAAGUGGUGCUAAAGAGAGUGCCUAUGAUUAUAUAAUAGUUGGAGGUGGAACAGCUGGGUGUCCUUUGGCUGCAACAUUGUCCCAAAAUUUCAAGGUGCUGUUGCUUGAAAGAGGAGGUGUUCCUUUCACAAAUCCAAAUGUUUCCUUCUUAAGCAAUUUCCAUAUUACUCUUGCUGAUACUUCUCCAACUUCUGCUUCCCAAUGCUUCAUUUCAACUGAUGGAGUCCUCAAUGCUAGGGCUAGGGUUUUGGGUGGUGGUACUAGCAUCAAUGCUGGAUUCUACAGUAGAGCAAGCACAAGGUUUAUAAAGAAAGUAGGAUGGGAUGAAAGAUUGGUGAAUGAGUCAUAUCCUUGGAUUGAGAAGCAAAUUGUUCACAGCCCCAGUGUUGCCCCAUGGCAGGUUGCUCUAAGGGACAGUCUAUUGGAUGUUGGGGUCUCACCUUUUAAUGGAUUCACUUAUGAUCACAUCUAUGGAACCAAGAUUGGUGGCACCAUCUUUGACCGGUUUGGCCGCCGGCACACCGCAGCGGAGCUGCUUGCCUCCGGUAACCCUCAGAUGCUUACUGUCUUGGUACAUGCCACAGUCCAAAAAGUUCUUUUUGAAACAUCAGAUACAGGGAAGACUCCAAAGGCAAAGGGAGUCAUAUUCAAAGAUGAAAAUGGGAAGCAACAUCAAGCAUUUCUUGCAAAUAAUCCUAGGAGUGAGAUAAUAUUGUCCUGUGGAGCCAUUGGCACACCUCAGAUGCUGCUGCUAAGUGGUAUUGGCCCAAGAGCUGAACUUGAAAAGAUGAGAAUUCCACUAGUACUUGACAAUGAAUUUGUUGGGAAAGAAAUGGUUGAUAAUCCUAUGAACACCAUUUUUGUACCAUCUAAAAGACCAGUUCAUCAAUCCUUAAUACAAACUGUUGGGAUUACACAGCUGGGUGUUUAUAUUGAAUCUAGCAGUGGAUUUGGACAGUCCAACGAUAGCAUUCAUUGUCACCAUGGAAUCAUGUCUGCUGAGAUAGGACAGCUAUCUACCAUUCCUCCAAAGCAAAGAACACCAGAUGCCAUUCAAGCCUACGUUAAAAGAAAGAAGGACCUGCCUCGUGAAGCAUUUCAGGGAGGCUUCAUUCUUGAAAAGCUUGCCAACCCCCUUUCAACGGGGAACCUUAGCUUGAUCAGCACAAAUGUUGAUGAUAAUCCUUCUGUCACCUUCAACUAUUUCAAACAUCCCAAAGAUCUACAGCAAUGUGUUUAUGGUAUCAGAAUGGCUGCAAAGGUUGUUCAAUCAGAAUACUUCACAAACUUCACACAAUGUGAUAAGCAGACUCUGGAGAAGAUUCUUAACAUGAGUGUUAUUGCUAAUGUAAACCUCAUACCUAAGCAUUUGAAUGACACCAAGUCUCUAGAGCAGUUCUGCAAAGAUACAGUGAUCACAAUCUGGCAUUAUCAUGGCGGGUGUCAUGUAGGUAAAGUGGUGAACCCUGACUACAGAGUUAUUGGUGUUGAAAGGCUUCGGAUCGUCGAUGGUUCCACGCUCGAUGAAUCCCCUGGCACUAACCCUCAAGCCACAGUCUUGAUGAUGGGCAGGUACAUGGGACUGAAGAUUUUGAGAGAUAGACUAGGAAAGGCAGCUGGUGUUUCGGGACCAAAGAUCAACCAGAGACAAUGGGAUUUCAAGUAGUGGCAAUAUCUGUAUUCCUAGAAAAGCAGCUUUGUAGUAUGUAUGAAAUAUGUCUUGCCUUGGGAAAGCAAAUGAGACACAACUCGUUAUAAUUUUUUUAUCCUAGGGAAUUAACUACAUGAUUUUGCAAUUGUAAUGAACAAAAAAAGGUGGCUUUGGUUUAAAUAAUUUAUACUUGUUAACUUUUCUAGUAUUAA